CCGAGCACGCGAAGUAUAAUCCCCAGUCCCAGUCCCAGUCCCAACCCAGGGAUCCCGUGUCUCCGUCCCGCAUCAAGGAAGAUGCAUGUUUGAACUUACCCAGAGCAGUGUUCUGGGUGAAGAUCCAGCCCGAAGACCCCCUCCCAGACGGCGCGCAAGCAGGUUAUUGUGAAAAGAUCCGGUGUGGUGUAUGUAUAUUCCUACAGAUGGCGAUCUUCCUUGAUGGCCCAAGCCAGGUUGUUGUCUCCAGCGCGUGCGAGUGUGCGAGUGUGCGAGUCGAGUCGAGUCUUUCCAUUGACGAGUCGAGAGGCCGCGCAACCAAGUCCACUCCGUGUCAUGGUUCUUUGGGUUCGUAGCAAGACGGGAUGGCUUCCAAGGUUCGGGUUGCAUAAAUCGGUGAGCAAGCCCGGAGACACCGAUGGAGUAUUCCCCCAAUCCUUUGCUGUAGACAAAGCAGGCUUAUCAAGGUUGCAUUCCCGACGGAGGUUCGUGGCCCUGUAUGAUGAUGUCGAGAGAUUGCGCGGGAUGAUCAAGGGAGCGGAAGAAGGCCAUUGCGGUAGCAGAGUUCCGGUAUCGUUGCGAAACCGAGGUGUAGUAUGCGAGCAAAGUAGAGAUGAGAUGUUAGAGAUGUCCAGAAAGGCAACAAACAAGGCAAAAGGCGGAAGCGGAGAAACAAGCAGCAGCCUUAAUCGUCAGGUGCUGAUAACGUCACGUGUCGGUCGGGUUUGCUGGAAUGCGACAUGGAAGUCAAGUAAGCGAUGACAUCGUUUCCAAGUAGUCAGUCAAUUGAACACUCCUCUCGCUCCACAUUGUUCUCCGCCGGCGUCUCUCCUCUAAGAUGAAUCUU